AUGCUGCUUCAUGCUGUAGCGGCGUUGUGCCUGCUUCCACUGCUCUACGGGGCAUCUCUUGCUGUUCCUGAAGGCUAUGUGCUGCACGAGAGCAAGUCCCACCAUAUCCGGAACUUACACAAGCGUCGCGAAAGCGUUCGUCCAGAUGCUAUCAUCCCCAUCAAGAUUGGCUUAACCCAGUCUGGUCUCGAGGAUGGUUACAAACGAGUGCUUGAUGUAUCUCACCCGAGCUCGCCGUCUUAUGGAAAGCAUCUCUCCUUGACUGAGGUCAACGAGUUGUUCGCCCCUUCGAAGGACACCAUCUCCAAUGUGCGCGAAUGGCUCGCUUCUGCUGCUGAUAUUGACAUUGAACGCAUUCCGGUGUCGAAGAAUGGCUGGAUUGCGGUCGACCUGCCCGUGAGGGCUGCCGAGCGAGCCUUUCACACUCAGUACUAUGAGCAUGAAGACAAAGAUGGCCACUCACGCAUUGGCUGUGACGCCUACUACCUUCCUGUCCACAUUCAGCCGUAUAUCGACUACGUCACACCUGGUGUUAAGUCCUCGCCUAGACUUCGAAAGCGGACCGUCACCCAGGGAAGGCCGCCUGGAGGAGGACCAGGCGGUCAGGGUCCGGGCAAGCGGACCCUGGCACAUGCCGCCAGCAGCUCACGGUUGCCUCCGGAUCUACAAGACUGCGGGCGCAACAUCACACCAACGUGUAUUAGAGCGCUCUACGACAUUCCCAUGGCCCAUCUCAAUGACAGCGUAAACGCACUCGGCAUUUACGAGAGUGGCGACUACUUCUCCCAACAGGAUCUCAACCUCUUCUUUGCGGAGUACGCACCUAACGUGCCGAACGGAACGAGUCCAAUAGUGCUCUCGGUCGACGGAGGUGAAGCUCCGGUCGCACCUGACGACCCGAACAACACCGGCGAGAGCGACAUCGACAUUGAUAUGAGCUUCUCCCUGAUCUACCCUCAGAAUGUAAUAAUUUACCAAGUUGACGACUUCCCACAAGCGAACGCAUCCGUCAACGGUGUGCUCCUGGGCUUUUUGAACACCUUCCUCGACGCUGUCGACGGCAGCUAUUGCACGUACAACUACAUGGGUCUUAGCGGUGAUUCGCCGGGUUUGGACCCUGUGUAUCCGGACCCUGCACCCGACGGCUAUAAAGGGCAAUUAGAGUGCGGUGUCUACAACUUGACCCGUAUCCUCAGUAUUUCGUACGGAGAGGCCGAAGCCGACCUGCCAGAGCUUUAUCAACAGCGUCAAUGCAACGAAUGGAUGAAGCUUGCCCUUCAGGGCCACACCGUUCUUAUCGCCUCGGGCGACUAUGGCGUUGCUUCAUAUCCAGGUGAUAUUACUCCUUCUGGUUGCUUGAGCGGCGAAGGUCAGAAUCAGACGAUCUACAACCCAGACUUUCUUUCGUCCUGUCCAUACGUCACGUCUGUCGGCGCUACACAGCUCUACGCCAAUCAGACAGUGCUUGACCCCGAGAGUGUCAUGCAAGACAAUCUCGGUCCUGGCGCAGAACUUUUCGCAAGCCAUGGUGGCUUCUCUAAUCACUACACCGCACCGGCCUACCAACAACCCGCCAUCAACACCUACUUCAGCCAGCACGACCCGGGUCUUCCUUACUACGUCGCUAACUCUAACGCCUCCAACAUUGGCGCAAACGGCGGCGUCUACAACAGAGCAGGCCGCGGAAUCCCAGACAUCAGUGCCAACGGCGCCUUCUUCCGCGCAUACACGGAUUUGGUUGACUAUCACUAUUUCGGCACAUCCUUAGCUGCGCCGCUAUUCGCGUCGGUAUUGACGCUCAUCAAUGAAGAACGCACGGCCGUCGGCAAAGGACCGAUCGGCUUCAUCAAUCCGGUGCUUUAUGCGAACCCAGGUGCGCUCCACGAUAUAACAAACGGCUCGAAUCCGAAUUGCGGCUCCGCUGGCUUCCAUGCUGUGCCUGGUUGGGACCCAGCGACAGGUUUGGGUACGCCGAACUACCCAAAGCUGCUGAGUUUGUUCAUGUCUCUACCGUAA